CGACAAGUGCGAAACGAAAUGUGUUGUUGGCUCAUUUGUUCUGACACGUAGCACCUAGUGUGAUACGAGGCAGUAUAAACGUCUUGUUAUUGUGUCAUUUUGUUUUCCAUAUUUAUUUAAUAAUUCAGAAAUAUGUCUGGGAAACAGUCAAAAGCCUUUACAAAGGAAGAAGAGCUGCUUCUCCAGGAUUUUAGCAGAAAUGUGUCGACAAAAUCAUCUGCGCUGUUCUAUGGGAAUGCAUUUAUUGUUUCGGCCAUACCAAUAUGGUUAUUCUGGAGAAUCCAUAUGAUUGACCUGUACUCAUCAGUUAUAUCCUUCAUCGCUGUGACAUUAGCCAGUACAUAUUUGGUUGCAUUGGCAUAUAAGAACACGAAGUUUGUUUUGAAACAUAAGGUUGCUGUGAAAAGAGAAGAAGCAGUUACCAGAGAAAUGACUAGGAAAUUGGCAGAAGAUAAGAAGAUGAGUAAGAAAGAGAAAGAUGAGAGAAUACUAUGGAAAAAGAAUGAAGUUGCUGACUACGAAGCAACAACAUUCUCCAUCUUCUAUAAUAAUGCUCUCUUUCUGGCCCUGGUCAUCUUCUGCAGCUUCUAUAUCCUGAGGACAUUUACUCCGGCAGUCAACUAUGUUUUAUCAGUCGGAGCUGCGGGAGGAUUGCUUGCACUGCUGUCCACAGGUUCCCAGUGAACUUGCUGCAUUUCUGUGUGAAUAAAUGAGUGAGAGAAUCCAUGGUACAUUGAGCUGUUCAUUGUAAAUCAUGUAUACAUGUUCAUAACAUCAGCAAAUAAAUAUUAUGAAGUAGAA